GUCCAAGAGCCUGGACCGAGGUACCAUUCACCACCUCACACAUACACACACGCUCUCUCUCUCUCUCUCUCUCUUCCCUUCCCCUUUCCUCCGGUCCAACAUUCCCAUUUACUUCUUGUGCAUGCAACAUCGCUGUCACUCUUUUUCUGUGCCUUUCAGACCCGCUGCAAUCCUCAUGCGCUGAGCGGAAGCACGCCUACCAAGAGCGACUCCCACUGUCGCAACUGGCAUCAUCCACUCGGGAGCGACGUGCAUUGCCGAGGCUAGCCACAACUACAACAAACCACACCAACCCGCCGCCAAAAUGUCGCUCGCCGCUCUCGAUGGCCUCAAGGCUGCAAUUGAGCGCAUCAUCCUCGACCCCAAGUACCAUGACAUCCUUGCCGUCGUCAAAGGCGCCCGCAAUGGAGCAGUCUACGGUGCAAAAGUCCGCUUCCCUCAUGCGCUUGUCAUGAUCUUCCUCUUCCGCUCGGGAACAUUCCGCCAGAAGGCCGGCCUCGUCUUUCGUGCGACCCGAACCCAUGCCCGUAACCUCGCAAAGUUCGCGACGAUAUACAAAUUUACAAUGUACCUCCUCAAGAACUACGGUCCCACGCCAGGUAAGGAAGGACCCUAUGACUCCUUUUUCGCUGGCCUAUUGGGCGGCUACAUCGUCUUCGGCGGCCGCUCCCCGAGAAGCGGUAAGAUCUCGAGUGUCAACCAGCAGAUCGUUAUCUACGUUUUUGCGCGUGUCGUCCUGGCCCUCGCCCGCCUCGCCGUCACCCCUGGCAAGGGCCUGCCCCUCGUCAGCCGCGAGGACCUCUCGACUAAGAUCAGCUACUAUGCCUGGCCCGUCUUCGCUAGUACGAGCUGGGCUAUGGUCAUGUACCUCUUCCGCCAUCACCCGUCCGAUCUGCAACCCAGCUUGCGUAGCAGUAUGACGUACAUUUACCAGCAGAGCAGUGAGUGGGACUCGUUGCGCAACUUCAUCUGGCAUAACAAAUAGACGACUUGCCGCGAGAGUUUUGUUUCUCAUUUUUUCUUUUCUUCAUUGGCAAUGUGUAUUAUCAGAUGACCGGCGUUUGGUGCUUGGAUACAGGGGUCGGCCAAUUUGCUACGACACGCCACGGUGAAUGGACGAAGGUGGGACACAUUUUGGGUGGAGGGGGUUGGUUUUAUUCUUACGGCUUCAUGACAUGGCAUUAUAGACCAGUCUAUCGACCAUAUACAACGACGAAUUUGAGCUCAAGUAUUUCCGAAAUUUCGAU